CUUUUAUAUAAUAGUGUCUAUAUGAGGUUCAUAUUUCAGUUCUUCAGCUGCUUAAUGUCUCUUAAUGAGUUUGAGCAUAUUGGUGGGCCUGGGUUGUUCGUGUGAAUCGAUAACCAAAAUGCCCAGAGUAACAGAAUGAGCUUCUCCUGGACAAAGAACCCGUCCACCUCCCAAGUGUAAUGGUCAAGUGUCAUGUUGAAAGUCAUCCAAUAUCCCCUGAUAUAAAUUCUGUGGCACAAUCAACCGAAGAUGUUCCUGAAACAGAGAAUAAAGAAAUCAGACAGAAGAAUGACAGGAAGGAGCUGAUGUCAAAUCUGAGUUUUAAACAGAUCUCCAUUAGUGAGUGCCGAUCUAUAUCAGCCAGGAACCCAGACCCUUUUGGACGAAGCAAAUAGCCUCGGACAAGAGCCUGGUUUUUACCAAGUCACUGAACACUGUCUUCUCAGAAUUGAACAGUAGACAUCCAAAGAAGAUAUUUAGCUAACAGAGUUUUUUGGGGGUCUUCAGAUCAAUGUAUAACUUUGAGGUAUCUGUACGCCAACUUGCAUUGCUGGGCUUCUGGUAAAGGCAUGACAGCAUUGCUUGUUGCAGUGACGACUUUGUGCAUGUUUCUGAAAAAGCGAUGUCUGAAGUUCAUCUUAAUGAAAAGUAACCACCAUAUGUGGGUAUGCAUCUGCUCUGGGAAUGCUGAAAUAACUUUUGCAUGUGUGAAAAUAUGUCUACUCUUUCUAUCUUUGCACACGGUGAAUUUUGUCACCUCACGGUAUGCUGAAAAACACGUACUGGAUGGCCGAAGAAAAAACGUAGGUCAGGAAGUGGCUACACAACUAAAAUGAACCUGCAGCUGCUUAUUUGAAAGUUUUUGUAUUGAGCAUCUGAUGGACGAUGGACAAAAUGCAGCUCCUGAUAAUCUGGUGUACUGCCUUUAUUUGCAUUUGUGGAGAAAAUGAAGGUAAAGCUUUUGUUUGUUUUUUCCCCAGCCUCUCUCUUUGGUUUUAAUUUUAAAAGAUGUCUGUUAAGAAAGCAACAAAAGAGAUUUCAUUUGAGCAUGAUUGUGACUGCGUACUUAUGUGACAGAAAUGGCCAAUUUGUUUCCUUCAAUUGAUUUAUUAUUUAUUUGUUUCACUGAUGAGGUUUAAGUCAGGAGUUAAUUAAAACGAUAAAAAGACAAGUUUUUGAGAAAAAUAUCUAAAUAGCUACUGGAUAUUUAUGUUAUAAGCUCUAAAAGUUUUUAAAACUAUAUUGUCUAUUGUAAUGUUAUAAACAAGCAAUAGUCAUAUAAAUAAACAACCCUGUAAUAAUUCUGUAUUGUUUUGCCCAGUUUUAUUGGAAAUGGCUGGCAAUGUUUGGCAAUAAGCACUUUUUAAAAAAUCUAAUUAAGCAUGAUAUUGUACUUGACAGUACUUUGAAAAUUGUGUCAUGAAAAUCAAAUUAAUCUUUUGAAAUUACAGUUUCUUCGUGUGAAGUGAUGGCCGAAGUGCUAAGAGGAGAAGCAAAACGUGUUUCCCCUGGAGAAAAUCUGACAGUCAAGUGUCCCGUCAAACACUGUGGGGAGUUAUUCAAUGUCAUUUGGUUUAAAUUCUCUAACACAUUAGAGACCUGGGAAAACAUUUCAGACACAGAGAACAUAAGAAUCACACAGAAAGACGACAAAGAGAAUCUGACCUCAUAUUUAAGUUUUGAGCAGGUUUCCAUUAAUGAUAGCGGCCUGUACAGAUGUGCUUUAGGACACAGUAACGAAUUUACCAGCCAUCACAUCAACAUCUCAGUUUCAGAACUAAACAAAGGAGUAGAAAACCCCGAUGAUGAUGCAGACAGUAUUGGUGACGAUCGCUCCACGCUACACUUCCUCCUGAUUGGUGUUACCAUUAUAUUUCCGAUCGCCAUGGCGAUAGUGUUGAUCCUCGUGUGCGUUCAGGGCUGGAAACAAAUGUGGACUUGCAACAAUAAAAAUCAAGAGGAAAAACCUACACGUAUGCUAUCAGAACUCCCCGAGACGAGCGCCUCUUCUUCUCCCAGCCUGCGAACUCAAUUCUCAGAUCUGAGCAACACUUGUUCUUCAAGUAAACCAGAGAGAACAUCAACAUCCCUCGCUCUCGCUCUCACUGCGAAUGUUGCAGAUACAGCAGCUAAUAGUCAAGCUUAAACUAUGCAGUGUUUACCAUAAUCAACUACCAACAAUGUGGGGCACCAGCCAGGAAGUACACAUGUAAGCAGGAUGAAGCAACAAAUUGCUGUUAUCAACGCCUUAAACGUUGAUAACGUUUAAGGCGUUGAUCUAACUGUAUCUAACUGAGAAUAAGUUAGAAACAUCCAGACUUACGUGGAAGUAUAGAUGACCCACACAAGUAUGAAUGUGCAGAACAUCCACUUAUUUUGGGUGUUGGUUAAGUGACCGUGCAAAAAGAGGGCAGUUACAUUUAAAGUAACUGCAUCAUCAAAAGAUGAUUUUUUUAUGUGCAUUUAUCAUUUCAUGUUGUAAUCUCAGCAAUUCAGGGAUUUGAAAAACUGAAAGUAUUAUUUUAAACAAAUAUGUGUUUUGCGUUACUUUUACUUAAGAUUAUUAAAUGUCUGAAAUGCUGUGUAAAUUCAAAGAGCAAUGUCAAGAAAAAACACACAAGACCAUUCUGUCACACAUUUCCUGUACAACAUAUUCAUCAAUGGUGAAUGUUGUUUCUGGUGUUUUUGGCUGGUCAUGCAUGUAAAAGAGCUCUUGAUGAUAAAGAGACUUGGGAGAAAAGGGUUAA